AUGGUGGUGUUAGUUUGGUUCUACUUGGGUCUUUAUGAAGGUCGAAGAUCAUAUAAUGGUGGAGUGGGUCUAAUUUGGUUAAAGAUACCUCAAUGGUGGAAUGGGUUAGGUUUAGCUUGGGUCUUAAUGAGGGUUGAAGAUGCUUCAAUGGUGGAGUGGGUUUGGUUCGACUUAGAUCUUAAUGAAGUGUGGUGUGGCUUUGGCGAGUGCUCUUGGUACGUGAAAUGGGUCAAGGUGGUGUGGUGGAUAGAGGUUGAAGAUGAGGAUAUAACAAUGGAUGAAGAUACUUCGGUGGUGGAGUGGGUCCGGUUCGACUUAGAUCUCGAGAAGGUUGAAGAUGCUUUAAUAGUGGAAUGGGUCCGGUUCGACUUGGGUCUUAAUGAAGGUUGA